AUGAUUUCUGUAACAUUCCAGCUUUUGUUCAUAAUACAUAUCUUUAGACCAUCUGAACAAGGAUGUACAUUAUAUAAGGAAGAAUCCAAGUUGAAUUGUGAUCUUAUCAAGGAGAUACUUAAUGAGCACAACGAAUGUAGAGAAGUGAUUGCUGCGGGAAAAAGUAAACUAGAUCCAGGAAAAGACAUAUGGGUUCUUAAAUGGGAUGAUGAAUUAGCCAAAGUGGCCCAGGCAUAUGCAAAUAAAUGCCUUUUCACACACAACAAAGGAAGACCCAAAGGCACAGGAGAAAACCUUGCUUGGAAGCGCAAUAGUAAAAAAAAAAGGGGUGAUCUGAAAUACAUGACUCACCUCUGGUACGAGGAAAUAAACCUUUAUGAUCCAGCAGGUCCAUUAAAUAUCACUGAGACAGGACACUUUACUCAGAUGAUUUGGGCAGAUACAAAAUUCGUCGGCUGUGGAGUUAGUUUUUAUGAAGACGGUAAACACCCAAACUCACCGUAUCAGACCUUGUUAGUCUGCAACUACAAACCACCCGGCAACUAUCCAACACCUCCGUAUGAAAAGUAUGAUGGUACAAGAUGCAGCAGAGGUGUCCAAUCUACCGUCUUCCCCCACCUAUGCGCUCACGAUCAGGAGCACGCUGAUGGAAAAUAUGUCCCAUGUUCUGGCAUUAAGUUACAAUCUACGUCGAUCUUAUUGUUUUUUUUCUUAUUAUGUCGCUAUUAUCACCAUAAUUUAUAUUUAUAG